AGAACUGACAGUAUUCUAUGCUUCAACAUAAACAUUCAUCUUAACCAUAUUAUGAGUCAACGAUGGAUAAACUUCGUGAUGCCAACUGUACUCUGUUACCCUGGGGUAUUGUGUUUGGUACCAUUAUUAUCUUCGGCAUUCACACAGUCCUGGAUCGCAUGCCACCUAUGUGGUUGAAUUCCAAGAGAUCUUUAAUCAUCGGUCCAAGAAAACCGCAACGGAUAACUUCUGAAGAAUGUCCCUACGCUUAUAUUCGCCAGGCAUAUGGAAAGCAUCACUGGGCACCAUUCGUAAAGAAGCUUUCUCCAAACUUGGAAAAAGAGGAUCCGGAUAAAUAUGUCGGGGUUCUGGAGAUUAUGGAUGCAAUUCACCUGUGUCUAAUGUUGGUCGACGAUAUAUCCGACAAUAGCAGCUACCGAAAAGGCAAACCAGCCGCCCACCGAAUCUACGGUCGUUCCGAAACCGCCAAUCGGGCAUACUACAGAGUGACUGAAAUCCUCAACAUGACAGUUCAGCAGUUCCCAACCCUUGCGCCAUUUCUCAUGCAGAAUCUAGAAGACAUUCUCCACGGACAAGACAUGUCUCUGAUUUGGCGGAGGGACGGUCUUUCCAGUCUUCCGUCGCAGAAGGAGGAACGGCUACAGGUGUAUCGAGAAAUGGCAUCCUUGAAGACGGGUAGCUUGUUUCGAUUGCUUGGCCAGCUCGUUCUUGAAGACCAUUCCGCCGAUAAGACAAUGACUGCCAUCGCAUGGUAUUCCCAGCUACAAAAUGACUGCAAGAAUGUCUACUCUUCAGAUUACGCAAAAGCCAAGGGUGCCAUUGCUGAAGAUUUGCGUAACCAAGAGCUUUCAUAUCCGAUUAUACUGUCAUUAAGUGCACCCAAAGGGGAGUGGGUGGCUAAGGCAUUGGAAUGUGGUUCUGCACGGAAUAUCCGAAUGGCUCUGCAGGUUAUCCAGAGCGAUAAUGUACGCGAUGCUUGUCUUACCGAGUUGAAAACUGUCGCUUCUUCAAUCCAGGAUUGGUUAGCGCUCUGGGGAAGGAACGAGAAGAUGAACCUUAAGAGCCAGAUGGCAUGAAAAAUUCAGGGAUAUUUUUGCUAAGAUCUAGAUGCCGUGGGAUGUCUUGUGGAACGAUAUACAUGAUGUGCUCAAUAACAAUGCCAUUCAGCUGAAAUGGAAAUAAAUAAAUUAGGCCAUCAAACGGAAACAAUGUAUCACAAAGAAAGACUAUCAUUUUGACUGCGACUAGUGUACAAAGGCCUUCGUUCCACAAUUGAUUCACAGCAGUUAAUGAUAAUGCAGGCAUUCCUUCGAUAGCACUUACUACCGAGGGAUAUGUCGGCGCACAAAGAUUCGUGCAUGUGAUCUCUCAUCUCAUAUCAACUGUUUGCAUCAAGUUUCUUGACUGUUUUUACCAU